AUGGUUUCGUUAACGAGGAUUCUAGGUUAUGCAAGCAAGCCGUUAAGAAGGUAUAAACGCGAAAGAUUUAUUGACAGUUUACGAAUUCACGUAAGCGGUGGUUCUGGAGGUUCUGGGUUACAACGUUACGGCGGUAUUGGUGGAAACGGAGGAAAUUUAAAAGCAGGACCAGGAGGUGAAAGUACCAAAAAUGGAAUUAUUGGAAUACCUGGAAAGGAUUUAACUAUAAAAGUUCCAACUGGCAUAACUGUAUAUGAUGACAGUCGCGUUAAACUUGGACAAGUAAAUUCAGAAGGCGACAAAUUAAUGGUUGCAAAAGGUGGAACAGGAGGAUGCGAGGUCACAGGAUAUUGUGGAAUUAAAGGUCAAGCCCGUGCCAUAGUACUUGAUCUUCAGUUAAUUGCUGAUGUUGGUUUAAUUGGUUUUCCUAAUGCAGGGAAAAGUACAUUUUUAAAUGCAGUUUCAAAAGCUAAACCAAAAAUUGCCGAUUAUCCAUUUACAACUAUCAAACCAAAAAUAGGUAUUAUACAUUACAAUGACUAUAGACAAAUUUCGGUUGCGGAUUUACCCGGUUUAAUUGAAGGUGCGCACGCGAAUAGAGGAAUGGGUCAUAAAUUUUUGAAACACAUAGAAAGAACAAAAUUGCUGCUGUUUAUUAUAGACAUCCAAGGAUUUCAAAUUUCUUUGCAUCAUCAGCAUAGAUCUUGUUUAGAAACUGUACUUCUGUUAAACAAAGAAAUUGAGCUUUAUAAACCUGAUUUGCUGGAUAAACCUGCAAUGAUUAUAAUAAAUAAAAUGGAUACAGAGAGGGCAAAUGAAAUUUAUGAAGACGUUCUGCAAUUUGAUGAUAUUCUCCCUGCAGCUUUAAUUUUAAAAGAUAAAAAUAACAUUGAGCAUAUCAAAGAAAGAAUACGAUGUGUCAUAGAUAAAUAUGAAGCAGUAAAGAAUGUUGAAAACUUUAAAUCAAACGAAGAUCGUUUAUACACAAAAUUGAAGCAACAAAUACAACGCCAUGCACCUACGCUUCUAUAG